UAUCCUUGCUCUCUCCUUUCUCUCUCUCUUCUUGGGUAGCUAAACCCUCCCUCUCUCUCUAGCAUCCAUUUCAUUCCUUCCCUUGGUACUAGUAAUCUUCCACUAGAUUUCCCCAGCUGCUGCUAAGUUUCUUCCUCCCACUCUCUGUUCUCUCGAGAUCACCAGCUAUGAUAUUCCUUCCUGCCUUCCUGGAUUCAUCAAACUUCUGGAACACCGACCACAACCAGCUAAUUCAGCUGCAACAAAUCGGCACUAACACUCCUUCACCUUCUGGUGCUGGUGAUGGAGGAGGCAACAACAGCAAUCAAGAAAUUUUCAUGGCCACGACCGGGGUCGGCGCAGGAGGGGGCGGCGAUGAUGGUUGCUGCGGUGUUGGGGAUGGCGAUGGCGGCGGCAGUAGGAUUAGCAUGCCGAUGUCGAUGUUGGAGCGGUCACGGCUUGUGCGGGUGCCGCAGCCAGUGUCAGGGCUCAACUGCCCACGCUGCGAUUCCACCAACACCAAGUUCUGCUACUUCAACAACUACUCCAUCACGCAGCCCCGCCACUUUUGCCGCGCAUGCCGUCGCUACUGGACCCGCGGUGGCGCGCUCCGCAACAUCCCCAUUGGUGGUGGGUCUCGCCGCCAUGCCAAGCGAAGGGCCAAGCCCAAGGCGGCAGGGACAACGUCAAGCAGAACAACCACUUGUGCCACCUCGUCACCCCAGCUGCAGUACUCCAUGUUUGGCAGUGCGUCGUCGCCCGACAGCUGGUUCACCGACAGCUUUGACCUGGCAAGCCUUGGCUUCAGCUACCCCGCCAGGGUGCUCUUCCCCGACAGCGAUAGCUACGCGAUAGAUGGCUGCGAGCAGCAACACCAACACCAGUCCCAUGGGAACGGGAUAGAGCAGUGGGUGGCGGCGCAGAUGGAAAGCUUCCCACUCAUGCACGCCAUGGAUCAUCAAAUGUAUGAACAGCCAGCUGAGGCAAUGCCCAUCACAAUGGCCGCGAUGCAGGUGCAUGUUUCACCUAGAGCUAUAAGACAUUACAACGUCGGCGAGGGCAUGGCGACGACGGAAGAAGAUAGUUCCACCACCCACUGGCCAAGAGAGACCACCAUCUUUCAAAGAUUUCACUAA